AAAAAAAACUACUUUAUAGUAAAUACUUUCUGCACCUUCCUCAUAUUAUACUCUAUUUAUCUAGUGGUAAUAUUUAUUACCUAUAUUCCUGUCAGCUAGAACCCAAGUUAUUGAAAGUAAAACCAUACUCUUUGAGUGUUGACUUUUGAACUCAUUACAUUAAAAAAAAUCUAAAAGAUAUUUGGCGACUGUAAAAGGUACCUACAAACAUUUAUUUAAUUUGUGAAGUGUGUUUUGAGGAGUAAGGACAAAUUGAAAUUCUUCAUAAAAGAAUUAAAAGGACCAGAAAGUGUGCAGGAGCGUUAGUAUGGCUGCUAUGACGAAGACCCGAAACUUAAAAAUAUUCCGUCGUUUGUCGUAUAACCCAUGUGUUCUUACAAGAAGAAACUUAAACUUACAAGAAUAUCACAGCAAGGAUUUAUUACGGAAACACCAAGUGUCCAUUCAAAACUUUCGCCUCCUUGACUCAAAGUUAAAUCCUAGUUCAUUGACAGAUUUUAAGGCUAGUGAAUAUGUAGUAAAAGCUCAAAUUUUAGCUGGUGGUCGCGGGAAAGGGCAUUUCGAUAAUGGUUUUAAAGGUGGAGUACAUUUAACUAAAAAUCCAAGCGAGAUCCUCAGUUUAGCUAAAAAUAUGAUUGGACAUAAAUUGAUAACGAAGCAAACCCCAAAAGAAGGUAUACUUGUUGACAAAGUAAUGGUAGCGGAGAGUGUUAACAUUGUACGAGAAACAUACCUGAGUAUCAUAAUGGAGAGGACUUAUAAUGGUGCUGCACUGGUGGCCUCUCCAGCUGGUGGUAUGGAUAUAGAAGCAGUGGCUGAGAAAACACCACAGCUGCUGAAAACUGUACCUAUUGAUAUUCAUGAAGGCAUUACCGAUAAAAUUGCUAAGGAAGUUGCAGAGUUUUUAGAAUUCAAAGGUCCUUUAGUAAACAAGUGUGCUGAAGAAAUAAAAAAGCUAUGGCAACUGUUUCUAAAGGUUGAUGCUACUCAGCUUGAAAUAAAUCCAUUGGUAGAGACUGAUGAUGGGCGAGUUGUAGCUGUGGAUGCAAAAAUUAACUUUGACGACAAUGCACAGUUUAGACAGAAAGAUAUCUUUGCCCUAGAUGAUACCUCCGGAAUUGAUCCUAGAGAAAAAGAAGCAGCUGAGCUUAACCUUACAUACAUAGACAUGGAUGGCAGUAUAGGCUGCAUGGUCAAUGGGGCUGGUUUAGCCAUGGCCACCAUGGAUCUUAUCAUGUUAAGUGGUGGCAGACCAGCAAACUUUUUGGAUCUUGGGGGAGGAGUUGGUCAAUCACAAGUAUCUGCAGCUUUGAGAAUAUUGGAAUCAGAUCCUAAAGUGAAAGCUAUAUUUGUAAAUGUAUUUGCUGGUAUUGUCAAUUGCGCAACUGUAGCCAAGGGUAUUGUUGCAGCCUGCAAAGAGAACCUUCCCAAACCUCCGCUUGUGAUCAGAUUAGAGGGCACAAAUGCAGCACAAGCAAAAACAAUACUCGAAGAGUCCGGUCUUCCUUUUAAGAUCAUCAAUGAUGCUGAUGAAGCAGCAAAAACUGCUGUCAGCCUUGCAAAGUAGUAUGAAAGUAGAAAAAACAAUUUUAAAGACAAUUUUGUUAUUAGAUACAUAAAUUAACAUACAGGAAUACAACAUGACAAUAUUAUUAAAUAUAUUGACACCAUGAAAAUAUAUAUAUAUAUAUAUACACAAGUACUACAGUUACCUACCUACUUUACCUAAGUAAGCCAAUAUUUCUGUAAUGUUUCUAGUAUCAGUUAGUUAUACUGAAAUAGCACAAUAUAGUUUAAGAGGGAAAUCACAUAUGUGCUUAUCAAUUCGCAUUUAAAGUCCAUUUUGUUUAUAGGUGUGUUUUGACUUACACUAUAAACAUUGCUAUAUAUACACAUUUUACACAUUAUAAAUGUGAAUUUAUGAGAAAGGAUGCUGAAAUAUGCGUAUGAUUUAAGCUCAGAUGAAGGAACUAGGUUCUAGUUAAUUUCGACCCACAGAUAAUAAAAAUUUCAAAUACUCCAUGGUGAUUCAGAACAACUUAUAAGUAGGUCAAAACAAACAAAACAAACAAAAAACCCCGCUGAAAUAUGUGGAUUGAUGCUGGAUGGACAAAAGGACUUCUUGUAUCCAAACUUAUUUUUUUAAAUCAAAUGUUAUGCACAAUGAUUUAAUUAGUAAUAUUUUAUUACAUAUACAUCUUUUUACUAUAACCAGGCUUUUUCUUUUGGACACGCAAAGUGUGAAGUGACUGAAUGAUUGUUAAUUUGGGAAUGGAUAGAAGAAAAAAUGUAUAUAUAAAUACUAGCAUUUGUACUUAUCAAAUAUUUGAUGAUUUUAGUACUUGAGACUGAGUUUUAAAAUUGUUUCUGUCUACUAUUUGUCUUCAACCAAUGAAUUCUUGCCAUGGAUAGUAAAUGUGUAACAUUGUAGUUUUAAGUGUUGUUUUGUACAUAUCAUGUUGAAAUAUAAAGUUUUAUUAUA